AUCAUCAAACAUGGAGUGGUGCCAAAUCUCAGGCAGCCAGAAGAAAGCUUUGGCACGAAAAGAGCUUUGAUGGCGAGAGGAACAAAGAUGAGACAGCUCUGAGUGAGAAAAAGAGCAAUGAGAAUCCUCCAGCUCACAGAAAGGGAAGCUCUGCUGUUCUCUCUGCCUGCUCACAAACCUGUUUGCCUGAGAGCCCUGCUGUGAUCUCUGCCCCUUCCAGAAUGAUCCCUCUGUCCCUCAGGGAAGCCUCACACUCAGCACCUUCCAGCCCUUCCAGGAACUGGGCUGUGGAUGGCGAAGGCACGGCUGGGACAUGGGCUCCUGCAAAGAGCCUGUGCAGACCAAGAAGGGAUGAUUUUGGGGAUCAGGAAGAUUCAAGAGGUCACACAGUACAGCAGGAAAGACCUCCCUGCUCCCUGCAUCCCCCACCUCACUCCCCUGCAGGGAGCAGGUCAUUCUCAGCUGGCCCGUGGGGCAGCUGGAGCAACAUUCCCAUGGACCACCUUUCACCAGCCAGCAAGGCCAGUGAGCAGAAGCUGGAAGAGCUGUGGCAAAAAUCACCCCAAAAUAAGUUGGAGCAACUCAAGAAGAGGAUUCAGGAGCAGAAGCAAAGGCAGCAAGCAGCACCUUGGGAGGAAAAGCCCUUGAUUUCUGCUAAAGAGCCACUGCCAAACAGAGCUCUGAAGAGAAAGGUGUGCAGAGUGGGCUCUGCUCCUGCUGCUCCAGCUUACAGAGACCAAAGAGAGAGAAGCUCAGCACAGAGGAUCCAAACACAAAGCCAGAGGCAGCCUCCACCCAAAUCCUCUGUUCUGGAGAGAGCAAAAGUAGGGAAAGGUGUGAAGCUGCCUGGAGCUUCUGCAUGGAGAGAAGGUCAGAAGUUGGCCAGAAAGUUGCUUGGUCCACCCCCUGAAUUUCCAAAUGUGAGGAGCAGAGCUGCAGAGCAGAGCACAGCAAACACCCUCGGACUUGGUAGAGGAUUUGUGGCAAUGCCAGGGAUGGAAAACAGCUGGAGAGACAAGGGAAGUGAAGCUGCUGGGAAGAGCCCUGAAUUCCAAAGCUGCAAGGCUGUGGAAAGGGGCAGCAAUGCACCAGCUGAGGAUACCAACCAAACACUCAGGAACCUCCACUUCCAAAGCCAGUUCCAUGAUGAAAACAGACAUAGCAGGCUCCCAAAAGAUACUGUAAAAGGAAAGGAAUCCCUAGGGAUUGUUCUGCAGCAAUCCCUAGGGAUCCAUUCUCCUUCACCUGGACUUUGGGACACAACUCCCUCUGCCUUCAGUGGGGAAAGGAUAAAACCUUCAUUAAUGAAAGAUGGAGCCAAGCCCAGCUCAGGAAGCUGCAGCAGAGGGAAAAGUGCAUCUCCUCAGAGACAGAAAGGCUUGAGCAGCCCUGCACAGAGAGGGUCUGAGAAGGAAAACCUUAAGCACCCUUCAAAGAGGAGGGUAAACCUUAAAAAACCUCACCCCUACAGCCCCGAAAUUGUUCGGGAAUUCAUGAAUCGCAAAAAGGAAGAAAGAAAGAAAAAACUCCUUGAGGAGAAAAAGUCCUUGGUGGAGGCUGCAGAGAUGAGGAAGAAGAGAUUGCAAGAGGUGUACAGGAAACAGAGAGAAGCUAUUGGGAAGAAAUCAUGUCCUGACCAGAUGCACAAGUUCAUUGGGAAAACGGCUUCUGCAAAAGGAAAUCCUCAGUGUGACCUUGAGCAGGAGCAAACCAGUGGGGGAAUCCUGGAGAGGAAUUCCAUGGCCUGGGUGGAUGAAGCAUCCUGUCCUCUAUUACAUAAAGAUCAUGGAGGCAGGAAUCAACUUCUAGAAAGAGCUCAAUCCCCUAAAAAAGGAGAGGCAUUAUCUCCUCCAGCACCACUGGAAUGUGAAUGCUGCUUUCUCAGUCCUCUGAGAUGUGAAGACUUGAGGGGCUGCUCUCCCCCAGCUCUGCAAUUACCUCUGAGCUUUUCCCCUCCUCAGAAAGAUGCAAAACCUUCCUCCAAGGACUGGACUUCUGGACUUUAUCCUUACAGAAUCAAACAGGAUCGAGCAAAAGCCAUUCACAGUCUAUCCAAGGAGCUUGAAGAAAGGACUGACGUGGCAACCAAGAGGCUGAGUGCAGGCAGCUGGGUUAGAGACUCUGCUGACAAAGCAUGGGCACAGACAGCUCUGGAUCUUUACAAUGAGUCUUCUUCUGUCCCAGAACCUGAGACUUCUAGGAACAAGGAAGACAGGCCACUGACUGUACAAAUGCUCCUGGAUGCUGUUGAUCCCGAUGUGCCACGUGUGUCAUCCAGCAGGGAAUUUCAUGGACUGGACAGGGUUAGACUUGUGGGUAGCACUGAGGGAGCAACAGCCCUGGACAGACAGAAGGAAAUGCUCGUUCUUUUGCCUGGUGGGAGUGCUGAGAGGGAAGAAUUACCCUGGAUCACUCACAGAGCAGGACAGAGGCACCUCAGCACUGGGGGAGACCUGAGCAACACAUUGCAAGGUUUCCCUGUGAGUAAGGGCCCCGAGGUGGACAGGAGCCUAUUGCAUGAAAAGCCAAUAACCAGCCCAGCCUCUCCAGCUCACAGAUUCCUCUCUGGAAGCCCACAGAGAGGACUCUCGGCGCAGGGGGAUCACUGUCCACGUGAGACUCUUUUGAAAGUUCAGAACCGAGAGGAAAAGCCCAACCAGUGUCCUGGAGAGAGCCUGAGGAUCCCAGACAGCCUGAGCUUCCAGCCCUGCACUGCUCUGAGCACCGGAGCUGAGACUGAUGGCUUUGAGCAGCACUUGGGUGGAGGCUGUAGCUACAGAGAGCUGGAACACAAACACAGGAGCCACCUGGACAUUUUGAGGCAAACCUCCCUGCUGCUGGCUCACAAACUGAAGAUCCAUCAGCUCCAGCAGAAACAGCAGCUUAUGGUGCUGAGGGAGAAAGCAAAGCAAGAGCUUCGGGAAAGCCAGAGGUUUUUGAGUGACUUGCUGCAGCACAGCUCUGAGGAGUGCAGGAGCUCCAGAGGCAGUGAUCCUUCUGUGCCAGGAUUGUACCACACGGAGCAAACACGGAAAGGGCACCAGUUGGAAGGUGACCACGCUGCUGGCAGUAAUCAAGAAAUGUGUUCACUGAAACAACCUGCAUUGAAGAUAGAAAGAGUUCACACUCCAGUGGAUCCCAAAAUAGUGGGAGAGAGAAAACCUCUGGGAGGAAGAGGUUCAUAUUGCUCAGUGCUGCAAGAAGGAUCCCUGGCAGCAGAUCACAGGGAGCCGCCACACAACCAUCAAACUGCGAAUCUGUUGUCGCCUUUGGUGGCUCUGCCCCAUGGGGAGACCCGUGCAGGGGACAACUCUGGAGAGAGCAGUGACCAGGCCAGCUGCAACAGCCAGUGCAGCGCAGCCAUUCCGCUCUAUGGAGGCUCCGGCACGUUCUGCCGCCUCAGCCUGGCCCUGGCGCAGCAGUGCCUGAGGGGAGAGGAGCUGCGGGCUCGACACCAGGCCACCCUCCUCCAGCUCCGCAAAAAGGCUCUGAGGGAGAAGGCCAGGGCCGAGCUGGCCUGGUUGGGCCACCAGAGAUGUGUUCUGGAAAACCUGCAGGAUAGUCAUGGAGCCUCUGCCAUGGCAGCAAAGCAGUGUAAAAUCCUCAUGGAGCUGAAACAGGAGCAGGCAGAAAUCCAGCACCUACAAAACAUCUACAGGGCAGCCCAUCAAGAAAGAAAGCUUUUGUUAAAGCAGCAAAGAGAAAUCUUAAUGAUGCAGCAUUCAACAGCACAACUCCAGGAAAAGCUGCACAGUUUGUCUGGGAAGCAAGAGGUUGUGAAGUCACAGUCACUGGAUGUCCCGGUUGUGAGGAACCCAGCAACUGAAGAAGCAAUAAAGCUGAAGAAAAUGAAGCUUAUUUCUGGCCCAAAGUCCUACUCCUCUUCAGCAGAGUCUGCAGCCCUCCCAGAAAGGCCUGAGCUGUCAGGGAGUAAAGAGAGUUGUCUCCAGCUAAAGCAUAAACAGAAGAAACACAAGGGCUUUUCUACUGAGAACAAGGGAACACUGGGACACCACCAGAAGCAGGCAGAGGAGUCCCCAGGUUUGGAGCAGUCCCUUGGUGUGGAAAUGUCUGGAAUGGUGGCCAGGAGAGUGUGUGGUGCUGCUGGUGAAACCACAGGCUCAGUCUUUAACCAUAAAGACUGCAAAAACACAGAACUCAUUGCUCAGGAUAAUGUUUUAUUACCUCUGGAACAUGUAAAUUCAGCUAAAAUGGAUGAACCCAUAUCUACACCAAUCACGAGAGAAGGCAGGAAGUGUCCACUUCAGGAGCCUGUGCUGGAGGAAAAGGCACUUUUUUCAAAGCCAAAGGUGGAUCCUAAAGGCAAUGAAGAUAUUAGUCCAUGUGGCAGCAAGUUCACAGUGAAAAGCUUGGGGAUGCUUUCUACCUGGUGUAACUUGUGCAUGGUUCAGGCAGAGAAUACUCCUGAAAAAACAGGUAAAUCAUAUUUAAUGCUAUUAUGUCCAAUCUGUUUCAACCACUUCACUCAAACUUCAAUCCAGACAGAAAGAGAGACAAUUCAGAAUUAG